UUCAAAAUGAACAUCUCGAGGCGCUGGUUAGUUCUUGCAGCAGUAGCCCUCGUGGUCCUCGGGGCCACGACGGGUGUACACGCUGCGAAGAAAUCAAAGAAGCCGAAGAUUGCUGCAGACACAACUAUCACUCAUAAGGUGUUCUUCGACAUCGAGAUUGAUGGCAAGGCUGCAGGCCGCAUUGUGAUAGGCCUGUACGGCAACACGGUUCCCAAGACCGUGGAGAAUUUCCGUGCGCUGUGCACGGGCGAGAAGGGCAUGGGGCAAUCGGGCAAGCUCCUCAGCUACAAGGGCAGCAGCUUCCACCGCAUCAUUCCACAGUUCAUGAUCCAGGGUGGGGAUUUCACCAGGGGCGACGGCACCGGCGGCGAGUCCAUUUAUGGCUCGCGCUUUCCGGAUGAGAACUUUGCCCUGAAGCACACCGGCCCUGGCCUCCUGUCUAUGGCCAAUGCUGGCCCUGACACGAACGGCAGCCAGUUCUUCAUUACCACCGUCACCACCUCCUGGCUGGACGGCCGUCACGUGGUGUUUGGCAAGGUUGUGGAAGGCAUGGAUGUGGUGUUCAAGGUGGAGGCCAUUGGCAGCCGCUCGGGCACGCCAAGCAAGAAGGUUGUGAUUGCGGACUCGGGCGAGCUGCCGCUGUAGAUGUGAUCGGCGACUGCAGAAGUGCCUGUCUAUGGAAUGUGGGUCGCAUGGACGUGCGUGUCCGUGACCCUUGCCAGCUUGCGCAUGAUUAGGACUAGUUUUACGCGUGGUUGAGUAGUGAGGGGACGUUCAACGCAAUGGUCAACGAGCGGUACAUGCUUGGCGUCCAGCUAUGCAUAUAAUCGUGUUGAAACUACCCGGACGGGUGCAAGUGCGGCCCUUGUGAUUGCGCACUUAAAAGGCCGUGGGCCUCCGCCUAAAUGCUUUUAAAAGUGAUCUAAUGUUUUCCCCAUCCUUUAAGCUACGCUUCCUUUC